AUGUCACUUGAUUUAAUUGGAGUCAGGUUGAAUCUGACAGACCCCACUAGAUCAGAUUUGACUGACUCUAUCGAUGUAAGAGCUGAUGAGGAUAGGGCUUCAAACUUAGUUGGAGUAAGGUCGGAUUUAACUUAUCUUAGUUCGGAUUCGUCUCACUCCAACAACGCAAAUGAUACGGCGGUAAUAGAGAGUGGGUUGAAUUUAGUAGAAGUAGAUGAUCGUAAGAAUAAUGACGAGGUUGCAGAGAAUAAUGACGAGGUUGCAGAAAAUAAUGACGAGGUUGCAGAAAAUAAUGACGAGGUUGCAGAGAAUAAUGGCGAGGUUGUAGAAAAUGAUAACAGAGCAACAACAGACGAACCAGGGAGAUCAAUUUUUGUAACAGAUUUCCUUGAGCAAGAGAUCGAUGAAUUUAAUCAAGGAAUUACGAAUAGAUUUUCUAGGACUAUUAAUGAUAUAUUCCAUCGAGCAAGGAAUGGUGAAGAAUUUAAAUACAGCAAAAUAUUUUACUUGACCAAAGAUGAGUUCCCAUGGAUAACAGACGAUGACAUAAAGAGGGAGCGAAAACUAGGAAUACCAGCGUGCAAAAAUUUUCCUAGAGAAAUAAAAUUUUGGAUUGCAGAUAAAGCAGUUUUAUAUAGAUGUAAAUUAGGGGCUGACCGUCAUGGGAAGGCAAUGCGCUCAAAAAUGGACGCGGGUGGGACAAUUGACGGUUGGGAAAUGAUCUCAUUCGAAAAUUCCAACAAAUCAGCCAACACUCGAAAAAAAUACGACGGCGAUUUAUCAAAAUUAGCCACCUACGAUCGGGAUGAACUUUACGUGUUUUGGAAGAAUGUAUUCGAUGAGGUGCCUUACCAAUUCGAACAAAUUCAACCAAAACUUGAAAACAUAAGAAGUUGGGGACUGAUCUCAUAUGGUGAUCGAGAUGCUCACAAAG